GGUACCGUCACUUUCUUCUCCGUCGGUUCCUCAUCCAUAACCUCGCCAAAUCCUGCACCGGACCUCUUGAUUUCGCUUGUCCUACCUUCCCUCACCGCUGGAGUCGGCUACCGCAGCUAUACCCUCCCAGCGAUAACCUACAUUGAGCCCGAUCCUGCUGCCACGGUAGUCCCUUCUAUCCCUCUGGACGAUCACUACUCCCUCUCCUGGUUUUCAAACGGCAGAUCUCGCCUUCCCCUUUAUAUAAUUUCUCAUAAGCCGUUGGAACUGUACAGCAGCCAAGACGGCUGCCAGCAUUCCAACGCCAAGCAGAGCCUUGGUCCCUUCAUCUUUUGACGUAUAUCGUUCGUCAAUUGUCCGCCUCUGAGCUUGGCAGACAUCCAGUCCUGCAGUAAUGGGUCAGUCGCAUUCCAAGGGCAAUUCUGGCCCUGGCGACUCUCUGCAGUCCUACCCAUCCUUUUCUCGCUCCGACACGAAGGAGUCUCUUCGGUCUAUUCGGGGCUCUAUUCGAUCUAAGAUCCGUAGCAGCGAUAGCCCUCGCGCAUCCACGUCAGCUCUGUCCACGGGGAGCCAGACGGAUAAGUCCGAUGCCGGGUCGAUCAAGUCAACCGGGAGUAGAAGAAGCUCCACCAACCUGACUGCUCAAUCUCCUGGUGCCGAUGACUCAGCUUCUCAACUCGAUGCCCCGGAUCCACCUCCCUCUCCCACCUUGUCGAGCAGCCUGAAACGAGGCCAUAAGGAUGUCGAUGCGAUGCAGCAAAGCGGAGAGGUUGACCACGUGUCGGAUGCGCCUCCCACUGGUGCUGCUCCAACGGGAUCGUCACAGAAAGUCGGCGAAUCCAUUCUUAUCAAGCGGCAAGAUCAGCUGAAUCCAAUCCUGGAUUUCAUCAUGAACACACCUUUGAAUGAUACAUCCUCGUCUCCAGGAAUGGGAAUGGGCGCUCUUAAGUCUAUCGACCUUGAUGACAUGAUCACACGUCUGCUGGAUGCCGGUUACUCAACUAAGGUCACCAAGACUGUCUGUCUCAAGAAUGCAGAGAUCACCGCCAUCUGUAGUGCGGCUCGGGAGCUAUUCCUCAGUCAGCCUGCACUUUUAGAGCUGUCGGCCCCUGUCAAGAUUGUGGGCGACGUUCACGGCCAAUACACCGACCUGAUCAGAUUGUUCGAAAUGUGUGGCUUCCCCCCGUCUUCGAAUUACCUCUUUCUGGGUGACUAUGUGGAUCGGGGCAAGCAAAGCUUGGAGACAAUUCUGCUUCUGUUGUGUUAUAAGCUCAAGUAUCCGGAGAACUUCUUUCUUCUGCGAGGCAAUCAUGAAUGUGCCAACGUUACCCGUGUAUACGGGUUCUAUGAUGAAUGUAAACGGCGUUGCAACAUCAAGAUUUGGAAGACCUUCAUCGAUACGUUCAACUGCUUGCCGAUCGCUUCUAUUGUAGCUGGCAAAAUUUUCUGUGUCCACGGCGGACUUUCACCAAGUCUCUCCCAUAUGGACGAUAUCCGGGGGAUCGCGCGUCCGACUGACGUUCCCGACUACGGGCUGCUUAAUGACCUUCUCUGGAGUGAUCCGGCGGACAUGGAGGAGGAUUGGGAGCCUAAUGAGCGCGGCGUAAGUUACUGCUUUGGUAAGAAAGUGAUCAUGAAUUUCUUGCAACGGCAUGACUUCGACUUGGUAUGCCGAGCCCACAUGGUAGUGGAGGACGGUUAUGAGUUCUACCAGGAUCGCAUUCUAGUCACAGUAUUUUCUGCCCCUAACUACUGUGGAGAGUUUGAUAACUGGGGAGCAAUCAUGUCUGUCUCGGACGAACUCCUGUGCAGUUUCGAGUUGUUGAAACCGUUGGAUUCCACCGCACUGAAGAAUCAUAUCAAGAAGGGGCGGAAUAAGCGGAAUAGCAUGCUCAACAGUCCUCCUGCAAUUGUAUCAGCCCAAAGUUAUUAGACGUCCUGGUGAUUCGUUGCCAAGAAGUCGGCAUGCAUCAUAUGUCACUACCGAAGCGAUCUGGGCCUGG